GCUGCAGACAGUCACGCUGCCCCGAGGAGAGGCGUUUUCACAUAGGGAUACGGUGUCGACGUCGGCCGGCGAAAAGAUGAAGAUGAAGACGGCGUGCGUGACAGGAGGGAGCGGGUACAUCGCGUCGGCGCUCAUCAAGAUGCUGCUGGAGAGGGGCUACGCCGUCAAGACCACGGUCAGGAACCCAGAUGACAUGGCGAAGAACUCCCACCUCAAGCACCUGCAGGCGCUCGGCCCCCUGACGGUCCUCCGCGCCGACCUUGACGUGGAAGGCAGCUUCGACGACGCCGUCGCCGGCUGCGAUUACGCCUUCCUCGUCGCCGCUUCGGUGAACCUCGCGUCAGGGGAGGAUUUAGAGAAAGAGCUGAUCGAGCCUUCAGUCCGGGGAACCCUGAACGUGAUGAGGUCGUGCGUGAAGGUCGGCACGGUGAGGCGCGUGGUCCUGACCUCGUCGGUGGCCGCGGUCUUCGUCAGGCCAGUGUCGCUGCAGGGCGACGGGCACGUCCUGGACGAGGGCUCCUGGUCCGACGUCGAGUACCUCAGAGCCGAGAAGCCGACGUCGUGGGGGUACCCGGUGUCCAAGGUGCUCCUCGAGAAGGCGGCGUGCAGGUUCGCGGAGGAGCACGGCAUCAGCCUCGUCACCGUCUGCCCGGUCACCACCAUCGGCGCGGCGCCCUCCUUGAACUUCAACACCAGCGUCCCGAGCAGCCUCUCGCUCCUGUCAGGCGGCGAGGUCUGGCUCGGCGUGCUCAAGUUGACCGAGAGGACCGCCGGCUCGGUGCCGCUGUGCCACGUCGACGACCUCUGCCGCGCGGAGCUGUUCGUCGCCGAGGCUCCGGCGGCGGCGGGAAGGUACAUCUGCUGCGGCCUCAACACGACCAUCGCCGAGCUCGCGCGUUUCCUGGCGCGCAAGUACCCGCAGUACGACGUGAUGCGGAAUCUGCAAACCAUCGACGAUGAGCUCCUGGAGAAGCCGAGAGCCUGCUUGUCGUCGGCGAAGCUGCUCAGGGGAGGAUUCGAGUUCGAGCACAAGACGCUGGACGAGAUCUUCGACAACGUCUUCGAGUACGGCAAGGCACUCGGGAUUGAUCUGCCCUAUUAGCGUUAGCUCCGUAAGCUCAGAUCAUUCGUUCAGUUUGUUACUAGCUGUUUGGGCUCAGCGUUCCGGCUUUACUGGAGCUGAGCGCGUCCUGUAAUCAUGCACGCCAGAGACGUGCGCGUUCACGUCGUGGCGAGUGUCCGCGUCGCGCGGCAUGACCCGGCGUGGGGGAUGGCCCACGCAGAGCACGGUUCAUGGCGCGCGCAUGCAGGGGGUAGCAGUAGACCACUCCCCGCCUCUCGUUUGUUUUAGAGUCUUUACUACAAAUAAAGAUAAGAAUAAAUUACACCCACCAUACAACAACUUGUUAGGUGGGUGUAAAUUGGUCCAAUAAUUUAUUAAA